AUGACUAUUCGACAACAAAAUGCUAAUGAGGAGCUUGUUCAUAAGCUUCGUUCAAUGCUCAAUGAUUUACCAACACUUCGUACACGAGCACUAAAAAAAUUAAAACAUUGGCGAGAAGCAGCUAUCAAAAGACUUCUUGAACGACAACGUGAACUUGAGAAAACUUUAUUAGAUAAAUUUGAGCGACUUGAAUUUGAUACACAAUUAUUUGUUGAAAAAAUUGAGCGUAAAAAAGCAAAUCCACAACGACGAUGGCAAAGCGAACCAUUAGAUUAUCAUAAUAAAAGCGAAAUUGAUCGUAUAUCGACAAAUUUACGAUCAAUUCGUAAAGAAUUAGAACAAUCAAAAUUAAUUUUAGCUGGUAAUAAAUUUGAUGAUGAUAUGAAUGAAUUACUAGCUGAUGAUUUUAUACCAGCAAAAUUAGCAAAUAUAUCUCGUCGCAAUGAAAAUUCACCAACAAAAACUGCGGUACAUAAAAGUUGUGAAAAUAAUGAUCUUGGCUCAGAAUUAAAACGAGUACUUGAAAUAUGUACAAGUCCACGACGUUCAUCAUCAUCAUUAUCAGCCGAUGAGAUGAAGUAUGGUUUCAUACUACCAAAACCUAAAGUAUUAUUAACAAAGAAGAAGAAGAAGAAGAAAUUUGAUGCACAUCAACCAAAUUUAGUCUCGAAAGCCAAGUUAUCACCAUUACCAUCUAUUGACCAUACCGAGUAUUCGUAUGACACGAAAUCAAAACAGACAGCAACUAAAACAACUAAAACAUUUCAACCAAAACCAGGUUCACAAACUGUAGGUAUACAGAGACGCAGUUCGCGUACAAUAACAAAUGUUCCGAUACAACAAACCAACAUUUCAACAAAUAUCAAUGAUCAAAAAGAUAAAAAUGAAGCAAAUAAUAAUCACAAAUUAUUUGCGUUCGAAUCCUUUGAUGAUUCUAUUCGACGUUUUCAACGGUUACGUGAAAUAAGAAAACAUUUACGAACAAAAUAUGACGAUCGAUCACAAAAGCAAUCAGCUGAAUCUAUUCCAACAACAUCAACAAAUGCUAUUGAAAAUACUGAAGCAAUAUCUGAUAAUCGUACUGGAUCUCAACAAAAACCAGUAGGCAAUCUCAAUCGUCCAAUAUCCAAUGGUACUCAUUCUAUGCCAUCAACACCCAUAACUAUUAAAUCAUCUAUAUCAGCAAAUACCACAACAACAACAACGCCACCACGAAAAAAUGGCGAAACUCGCCAUACAUUACUUGCACGUGAACCUGUUAGUAUUCCAAUUGAACGAGUGGGAAACAUAACAAAUUCUGAUGUACUUGAGCUAUAUGAUAAAGCAGUAAAUAGCGUUCAAAUAAGUAAUGAUGUUUUAAGUACACAUGAUCGCCGACAUCGUUCAAGAACAGUUGAAGUAAAUCAAGUUCAAGCUGUUGAUAAUCAGAUAUAUGGAUGCCCAUCACAAUCUAAAAUUAAACAACAAACAUAUCAUAGAUCUGGAUCACAUAAACAUCGUCAUCAACGUUUAUCAUUUCGUCGUUUAAGCGAAGAUACACAAGACAAACAAUUACAAUUACGACAAAAUAAUGAUAAUCAUAAUGAUUCUUCGCAAAAUAGUUCAAAUGAUGCAUGGCUUGAUAUAGGACAAGAUCAUUGGACGAAUCUAUUAGAAAAUGGUUGGAGACCAACAACGACUACGCCUGGUGUUAAACAUAUUACAAUUCAUGAUUCCGAUACUAAUCAUUGUCGGGGAAAUAGAAAACAAAAUCUCAAUAUAAAAACGAUCGACCUUUAUGAACAAAUAUCAAAAGCUGACUAUAUUUCAUUGUUUGAACAACUGGAAUUUGCUUACGGUCGUACAAUCAAUUUAGGCAAUGAAUUUUGGCGUUUCCUUGAAAUCAAUGGCAACCACCAUUUGUGCCUUUAUCAUCAACUUAAUAAGCAAUUUAUUAUGUUUAAACCAGAUGUUUCACUUUUAUGUUUACCGUGGUCAUACGAUGGUAUUAUUGAUGUAUCAUGGUCAAAAACAACAAAUACAUGGGUUGUUGCUACACAGACACAAAUUAUUAUUUGCAAUCAUUCAUUCAGUAAAAUUCUUCAAUCAAUUGAUAUCACUGGUGAUUGGCCUAAACGUAUAACAUCAUGUCAAUCAUCUAUUUUUCAUACAUAUAAAAUUCCAUCAUCUUCUUUAACAUCUCCGUUGAGUUCAUCUCUGAACUCGACGUCUCAUAAUGAUCGUCCACAAUUUCUACUUGAACGUUAUGAUUAUAAAUUAAAUUCGAUGGGUAAACAUAUUCUUGAAUCAUCAACAAUAUGGGAUAUUGAAGCAGACGAUGUUACAGAACAUUUAGCCAUUUUAUGUGAUGUUGCUUUACUUAUAUUUGAUUACCAAUUAAAUCUGCUAAAACAAAUUGAAGUGACUGGAUUUAAAGUAAGUACGGAUCAUUUUGGUGGUUGGAUUAUAGCAGAUUACAAUGCAUCAUGUAUAUGGCAAAUAAGACGAAAUGAAUAUCUAAAAGCAAAUAAAAUUUUACAUGUUGAACGACCUUGGUCAGCUAUAAUUGAUCAAAGUACAUGGACAUUAGUAACAUUAAGUGAGACACAAAAUCGUGCUAAACGUUUAUUAUUUUUCAAUUUGAAAAAUCUUCCUGUAUCACUUUUAACAACAAAUUCAACUCGAUCACAAUCUCAAUUAUCGAUUUCGACAUCAUCUACAAUGUCGAAUUUAUCAACAUAA